UAUAAAAGGGAAGGCAAAGAAAACUCCCAACUCUUCUCACAUCAAAACACAUUCUCCAACAAUAGCUAGGAUGGAAACCAAGAAAGCCCAUCUCGCUCUCCUCAUCCUCCUCCUCUCCAACAUGGCUCUUUCGCUGGUGGUGGAUGCCUCCACUUACAUGGACGCCAUGCCAUUCCCCGCCUCAAGCGGUGGCGGCCUCAUUGAGGACAACGAGGAGAUGCUGAUGGAGUCGGAGUCUUCAAGGAGGGUUCUGUCGCAGAGCAGAUACAUUAGUUACGCCGCCAUGAAUAAGGACAGCAUCCCUUGCAACCGCCGCGGCCCUUCCUACUACAACUGCCAAAAGCACGCUCCCGUCCGCCCCUACACCCGGGGAUGCAGCAAGUUCACCCGAUGCGGCGGACGAUACAAUUAAUUAUUGCAUGUUAUGUUUAUCAUCAAAUAAUCUCUACAAAUAUAUACGCAAGAUUGAAAGUAAAUGAUUUCAAUACAUUAUUCCCAACAUUGUUUUCUUUAUAUGUUAUUUAAUUUGUGUCGUAUUUUUGUAUUCCCUAUUCGAUCAAUAUGAUUUGGAUAUAAAAUCCUCUUUCUGUACGUUAUCUUUGCCAUGAUAAUAUUGUGGCAGUAUUACACUAAUAUUACAAUGUCAAAAUGAGAAUUGAAA